UUUAUUUUUGUACCCCAUGGUAAAAGGACAAUCGUUUUGUUUACUUUGCAGGUGGCAUAUGGAAAUAAUUUUAAUUACAAAUUUUUUGGACAAAUAGCCAGGGUAAAAUCAACAAAGUGCAUAAUUUUUAUUUGGGCAUUCCGCAUGCAUAAGGUAAAUCAUAAAUAUUAAAAUAAAAAACCGAAAAACAAAAUGAGUGCGAAAAAGAGAAAACAGAAAUCGAAAUUAAAAUUUCUUUAUACAUGGGGCUCUCUGCCAGUUGGCCAGUUGGUCGACAUUUCACUCAACUUUCUCCUUUUUUUCGCAUUGCCUUUUCGCAUUUCGCCUACUUUUUGCAUAUGUUUUAUUCACAUAUGCAAACAGAGUUUCCGUUCAAUUCAAUUGCUCGGCGAGGAGGCAAUUUUUUAUUCCACGGUGAAGUGGCGACCGCAUAAAAGAGCACACACCCACAACGGCUCACACACAGCCACACCUCGUAUCGCUUCAGAUUCUAUUCGACCAAUUGUUGAUAUGCACGAGCACCCACACACAUACACUCGUGCCAGCCGAGGAGGCUUCGUGUCCUGCCGGUCGGCUUCCUGUUUCGGCUUUAUCCUUCUGCAGCUUUUAUAAAGGGCCGUUGUCGCUUCGAUCUGUCGCUCAGUUGUUGCAUACUUCUCGGCGCGUUCGUUACGCGAGCAGUUCAAAAAAGUUCAAAGAUAAGAUACAACUGAAAGUGAAAGAUAUAUCCAAAGCAGAUUGGACUUAUUUUUUUCUUUUCCAGCAGCGCAUUGAGUUUCACGCCCGCCUAAAAGCUCGCUACGUCCAAUGCGCACUCAAAGCGGUUUAAUAGCGGUGGCGCUAGUGCUGCUGCUCCUUCUAACAGCACCAUCCAGUGCGGCGGAUGCGGAGACGGAGUCCUCCGCCAGUCCUCCCCCUGGCGAUGAUCAACCGCGCAGGGUGGUGAAGCGGGCGCCCACGUAGUUCAUCGGGAUGCGGGGCAAGAAGGACGAGGCGGACACGUCAGAGGGUAAUUGGCUGGGAUCUGGACCCGCAUCUGGACCGGAUCCCUUGGACUACGCCGACGAGGAGACGGAUAGCUACUACUGAAACGGGCGGCGACUCAAGAAGGCGCCACUGGCCUGUGGCAUGCGCGGCAAGAAGUUUAUCCCGAUCAAUGCCCGCCUGAAUGACGUCCUGCAGAAUUUGGAAGAGGAACGACUGCGGGAGCUGUUGCAGGAUUUCUUUGACAGGAUAGCGGGUGAUAGAUCUGCUGUGGGCAAGCGGGCCCCACAGAUUACUGGUAUGAGGGGUAAGCGUCCUGCUCUUUUGGCCGGAGACGAUGACGCGGAGGCGGAUGAGGCCAUGGAACUGCAACAGAAGAGGGCGCCGGUCAACUCCUGUGGGAUGCGCGGCAAGAAAGAUGUCUCCCACCAGCACUACAAACGGGCAGCUCUCUCAGAGUCCUACGACUUGAGGGGAAAACAGCAGCGCUUCGCAGACUUUAACAGCAAAUUUGUGGCAGUGCGGGGAAAGAAAGGUGAUCGAGGGAACGGAAUCGGGAACGAGGAGAUCCAUCAACAGGCUUUGGUACAUCCAUGGCUCUAUCUCUGGGGAAAACGAGCGCCCAACGGAUUCUUAGGCAUGCGAGGCAAACGGUCAGGCAACUAA